CUUUGACUCUGCCGGGCUGUGCCUAGCUCCUUAUCCAUGGGGCACAUGCCCUCUUAGUUAUAAAGCAAACACUAAAUAUCCCUCCGGCCUUUUCUUCCAUAUUUGCCUCUUUAGACAACGCCUUCCACUCCUUUGAGGCUUUUGUGAUUUCACUCUUUUAUCCGAAUCUCCCACUUGAACAUUCUAUCGCUAUUCCCAACCUUAUAUAUACAUAUCAGUCAUAAUGCGCUUCUUCACCACCCUCGCUAUCGCCGCCAUGGCCGCCGUCGCCUCGGCAAACAGCAAGGCUAACCCCUUCAGCAUUCCCACCGAUGGAUACACCUUCAAGGUCGGCGUGCCUACCGCCCUGACAUGGAAGCCUACCACCCAAGGCACUGUGAGCCUGAUCCUGCAGUGGGGAGCCGUGAUCAGCGGCAACUCCGGAACUGUCAUUGCCUCGAACCUCGCCAACGACGGCAGCUACACCUGGGAUGUGCCCUCCAAGCUGGCCGCCCAGCCAGACUACACCAUUAAGAUCGUCUCGGACGAUGAUAGCAACGACUACAACUACAUUGGCCGUUUCACCGUCGAGGGCUCCACCGUCUCUGUCACUUCUUCCACUGCCAGCUCGUCCACCACGUCUACUUCCACCGAGUCAUCCACCGAGUCAUCUACCUCGGCCACCCGCACCACCACCUCGAAGUCGACCUCGAGCUCUUCGGAUGUCUCCACCAGCUCCCCCACCACCAUGACCACCGCUUCCAGCACUGUCGCCACUACCUCCGCCUCCGCUACCGAGACCUCCAGCUCUGCCGCGUCCACCUCGGCCAGCGCCAGCUCCUCCGCAUCCCAGAGCGCCGUGCCCACCACCAACGCUGGUAUCGCCAACCGUGUCUCCGGUGGCAUGCUUGCCCUCGUUGCCGGUGCUCUGAUGCUGUAAAUUACUAUGCAUACAGAUGUUGUCACGAACGAGACCUUGUUCGAGAGUCACGUUGACAUGCUUUAUUGAUAUAUACAUAUAUAUUUUUUUUCUUCUCUUCUCCGAUUGGCUGUAUCUUGAAACAGCCAAUUAAUUUGUGUUAUUGCCUCUGUCCCUUUUCCCGGGUGCAGCUGUACAAAACAUUCCGGUCUUUGACUACGGUCGGGGUUGUGGGUUUGUUAUUAUUUGAUUCUAUAUUAUUGUGUGUGGCCAGCGUUAAUGACUGUAUACUUCCUACAAUCUACUUUCUAUAAUUGUGUAUUCUCUUCUGUAUAUAUCUGACCAGAUCUGUCAUAACGACAGUGGGGGAAAUCAUUAAUUUGGAUAAUCCCGCGUC